AUGGCUUCGGAUUAUUAUUACUAUGCAAAAGAAUCAUCUUAUGAAAAAGAUAGAAGAGCUGAUGGUUAUGGUUUACAGCAACUAUAUGAUAAUGUCCAUCCAAAUGAUGAACUAAAAGUGCAUUCAAGUGCAAAUAUAAAAACAAGUAAAUACCGCGUCUACACGAGACGUAAUACAACAACAAAUAAUAACAACGACUAUUCUAAUGAUAAUGAACGAAAAACAAGUGGAUAUUCAUCGAACAAUGGUUAUAUAAAUAACAAUUAUAAUUGUCAAAUUAAUAAGCAAACCAUGGAUUANCAACUAUAUGAUAAUGUCCAUCCAAAUGAUGAACUAAAAGUGCAUUCAAGUGCAAAUAUAAAAACAAGUAAAUACCGCGUCUACACGAGACGUAAUACAACAACAAAUAAUAACAACGACUAUUCUAAUGAUAAUGAACGAAAAACAAGUGGAUAUUCAUCGAACAAUGGUUAUAUAAAUAACAAUUAUAAUUGUCAAAUUAAUAAGCAAACCAUGGAUUAUGCAAUUGGUUCACAUUCUACACCUUUACGGAUUAAGUGCAACCCAAAAUUAAAAGACAGAAACUCUACUCUGCCCUUUGUGAAAGAAUUUUUUGAUAGAAUCAAACAAUCAUAUAAGAAUAAAAAUUCAACUCAUGAAGAACCAUUAGGUUUUGAUUACUGGUGGAUAGACAGUGAAGGUGAUUUAGUAGGGACAACAAAAAACUUAUCUCUCUAUGUUUUUCUAUGUGAUAUAAGACAUUACCCAGAACAAAUUAACGACAUACAACUUACACCAUUAUUGCCUACUCGUUUACCGCCUCAACAUGCAAUUGUAAUCAAAAAUGUUCCGAAUGAUUACUCAUUUACUGAACUCGAAGAAGAACUCAAAAAACGUUACCUGUCAACAUAUCAUGUUGAAGAAAUGAAUGGAACGAGAAGACUUCAAAGCAGACACAUCAGAAUCGAUAUAUAUGAAAAAAAUGAAUAUAAUACAAUUUUAAAUAGUGGUCUAAUUACAUUGGGUGGUUUAUUAUGUGAAGUUGACGAAUAUCUCCCAGCUCCAAAAAUAUUAAUAUGCACCAGAUGUAAUUGUCCCGGACAUACCAAGAGAACAUGUCGAUUAGAUUAUGAAAGAUGUAGACGAUGUGGAAAUGAUCGAAAUGAUGGUGAACACGUCCAAUGUCACGUUACCUGUCAUCACUGUGGUGGUGAUCAUCAGGCGAAUGAUUAUAAAUGUCCUAUUAUGUUACAAUUCAGAAAAGACCUUAUCGAACAGAUAAGAAAAAAUUCAAAUUUGCUUCCUCCACAUAUACAAAUGUUUAUACCAUUCGACUGUCGCAAAGAUAAAUCGGAAAAAGUGAUUAGUAAUCCAAUUAAUACCUCUCAAAAUCAGAAUAAACAAUCAAUGACUUAUCCUCGUUCCGAUGAUGAAUGGCCAAAACUUACUAGCACUACUCUCAAUUUCGAUGUCAAACAUCAGAUAAAAGAGCUACAAAGUGAACUUGACAACUUAAAAUCAAUUCACAAACAGGAAAUUGAAAAAAUUAAUAACAAGUAUCAAAAUAUAUCAAGUAAUUAUCAAAAAACCUGUCUGCUUAUACAAAUGAAUAAUAAUACUCAAAAAGAGAUUGCCGAUACAACAAUCUCAAUAAUUAAAGAUUUAACUUUCAAUAUAAACAUAAAGCUAAUUCAUACUAUGAGCAGCUGUAUUGAUCUAUUAAGUGAGAAAUCAACUGGCAAACAAAUCAAAGAAAAAAUACCUAUGAUAAAGGAAGAUUUAAAAGAGCAUCAAAAUUAUAUAAGUGACAGGCAAUCAUCAUUUAAUAAUCAUAUGUGCAAUCUGGAAAGGCUAUGGUUAAUUCAAACAAAAUUCACCUCCGAAUUGAUGGAACUUCAUUCACCUCCCAACAAUAAUGAUCAAUAA